AUGGAUGAGAAUCCGCGCCAAUUGGCGUUGGGAUUGGCGAAAUUUCUGGUUGAAAAACCAGACGAGCCAUUGAGCGGUGAACAAAUUGGUGCAAUUAUUUAUCGAUUACGGGUUGUUGAUAAUUGUGAGUUGGUAAAUAUUAUGAAAUAUCUAUGAUUUUUUGAAUUUAGACGGAGUCUCCGAUGUAAAUCGAAUUUGCGAUGCUUUCAAAAUCAUAAUUAAACGUGUUGUCAAUAUUCCUUCAUUGACUUUUUGCUCUGAUUAUUGGCUUUUAAUGGUGACUGCAAUAAUUGAAGGAAGUAUUGAAUCAGAAUGGAAAAAUAUUGUUGAAGAAACCGAUGUUUUAGAACUCGCAAAACCAUAUUUGAAUGAAAUUGAAGAGUUUGGAGCAUCUCGACAAAUUCUGAAAACAACUGAACAAAUCAAUAAAAAUAUUGAAUAUAUUGUUUUGGAAAGUGGUUUGAUUCGAAGAGCAUUUGAAAGUUUUUGGGAAACAAAUCUCGAAAAUGUUAUUGAUGUUGUAUAUAACGAAAAAUGGGAAGAAUUAGAUAUUCAAAGUAAUGAAUGUUCAACUUCUCAAGCAUUUCGAUUCAUCAAUAUGAAAAUAUUUGAGAACUUUAGAAAUUUGAAAGAUCAUACAGAAUUGGCGAAACAAUUGUAUUUUGCAGCUCUAACAAGAGUUAUUAUGUUAGUUUAAUAUCUUUUUUGAAAAAAGAAAUAAUAUUUUUGUAUUUAGAAGAGUCUCACAAAUCGAAGAAAUUGGCGAAGAAGAUAAUAGUGAAUGUGUGGCAGCAUUUACUGUUUUCAAAAAAUUGGUUAAAUUGUUAUGGAGUGAUUUAUGUGAUAACUCUGAAAUCCGGAAAUAUUCAUUGGUUGCAUUCGAAAAACUUUUGAAUGUUGUAAGUUGUCCCGGAAUAAACUUUUGACAUAUCGAAAUAUACCAAAUCGACCAGAAAUUUUCUGGAACUCCAAAGUUGAAAUCGAGUUUUGGCCAUGUUCCUGGGUGAAAAAUCAACUUUUUCAACAUGGAUAAUGUUGUUCAGCACAUCUCACAAAACUUUAAUUUAUCAGAAAAGAUAAAGCAGACGCUUAAGAACCGUUUUUCAAAACGCACAAAAAUUCCAAAGUUUUGUGAGGUUUUCGAAUGUGCUGAACAACAUUAUUCAUGUUUCAAAAGUUGAUUUUUCACCCAGGAACAUGGCCAAAACUCGAUUUCAACUUUGCAGCUCCAGAAAAUUGCUCACAGGGAUUUGUGGCAAUUUUUGACUUCGGAAUCGUAAUCAGCAUGGUCGAUUUGGUAUAUUUUGAUAUGUUUGAUCAAAAGUGUAUUCCGGGACCUAAAACACUUUCCUUGUAAAUGUUGAAAAUAUUAAAAUUUACGCUACGUGACCUCUUUCUAAACGUGUUAUCAAAAAAAUAAUUUUUUGAAUUCAUUUCCCGAUAUAUUCAUUUUCAAAAGUGCGUGAGUGCCCAAAUUCACAAUUUCAGAGCCUUCCAUGUGGAUUCAUUCUCAGAUCAAUCAAAGAAAUCGAAAACACUUGUGGAUGGUUGAAAAUUCCGACUGCAGAAAUUUGCGAAUCUCUAGAUUUCCCCCUAUGGAGUUGCUAUUUCACACUCACUUUCAAACUUUUCGAAUUCAAAAUUAAUAUGCCUUUUGAAAUGGGUGAGUAUUUUAAUGAGAAAAACUUGCUGAAACGCAGUUUCAGCGUCGAAUCAUCUGAAAAUCCCGUCAACUGUAACAGCAGCAAAUCUUGCCUCACCUGAGGGUUUGUUAUAGAUGUUGUACCUAUUGUUAUCAGCUUCCUUUUCAGUUCAUAAUAGAAAAAUAUUGAAAUGAAGUUCAAAAAAAAAAAUGAAAAAAUUUAUAGAUUUUGAUUCGGAUAAUUGGCUGGAAACAAUGUGCGAAAAGAUACCUGCAAUGUUGGAUGAACAGACAAAAGAAGAGAAGAAUAUUCGAGAUAAAAUUGAUCGAACUCGCGAUGCUCUCAAUUUUAUAUUAGAUGUUCUUUUGAAAUCAACAACAAAAGAUGAGGCGAUCGAAAUGAUGCGAAAAACAUAUUCGGAAUUGAUAUCGGCAAGAGAACCCGAAACUGCUGCAAGAGUCAAAAAUGUUUAUAAAAGUUUUGUUGAUCGAAAAAUGAUCAAAGACGAAGAUCAAUUGAAAUUGGCACAUGAAGUUAUCAAAAAAGAGGCGAUUCAUGAGAUCAAAGCGAUUGUUUCGUGUAUUCCAGAAGAUUCGAGAAUUCUAGAAGAUGUUGCCAAAGUUUAUUUCGAACAAAUUAUUGAAGAUUUGACAAAUGAAGAGGGUGAAAAAUCGGAGGAAAUUGCGAAGAAACUGGAAAAUGCUGAAGAAUGCAUAUCACUUUUAGUUCGAUAUAUUUCCCAACAAGAUACCAUCAAAAUUGUGAAAUUAUUGAUUAAUGUUAUUCAAAAUGAGAAAAAGUAAGGGUUUUUUAGAGAACUAUGAUCACUAUUCCGUUUUCAAAAGCUGCAUGAGUUAUGACGUGGCAAAGUUGCAGAAUUUUGAGAAAUUUAGACACCAUACUAAUGCUAUUGACCCUCCUGGAAAACUCUAUACUAUCAGAUUCACAUAGUUCAGAACUAGCUUUCAACGUGUUUUUCAAAAGAAUCUGAUAGCAUAGUGUUCUCCUGAAGUCUCAAUUUUUCAAAAUUCUCCAACGUUGCCACGUCAUAACUCAUGUUGUGUUCUGCAGUUUUUUAGCAACGGAAUAGGUCGAAAACUACCAUAAACAUAUAUUUCAUUAAAAAUAUCGAUUUUGCAGUAAACAUAUCGAAUUUGCAAUGACUCUUCUCUCUCGAAUUGUUGACAGUAGUUGUCCGACAGAAUUUGCACACCGUGAAAAAGUUGGGUGGUUUCUCGAUUUCAAUUCCCUCGAAAUCUCCAACGAAACAUGGAAUGCAGUUUUAUCGAAAAUCGCUGAAUUCAAUAAAAAAGAGGUGGAAAAACGGUUUAUUAGUGGGUUGACGGUUUUGAGUGUCAAACAAUUGACAGAUGAGGAAUUAUGUUUUGAUGAAUUGAUGUAUGUUUUACGAAGAGUUGGAUAUCAAAGAACAGAACUUGGAAAACAGUGUAUGAAAAAGUUUUAUAAUAAUUCGGAGGAAAUUGGAAAAGCUAUUGAGAAAUUCACAAGUCAUCAACAUAUUCUGAAUUUGUCGAAUCGUUUCAUCAAAUUGUUGUCGGAAAGUAUUUCGAAUAAUGGAAUCGAAUGGCAAGAACACGCGCAUUCACUUGAAUUGAUUAUUUCGUUUUUGAAAGAAUCUGAUGUUUCCAGUGAUCCAACAAUUAUAUCGUCGCUUAUUGCAAUGACUAAUGUUAUGACUUCUUGGCAAUUGUAAGUUUCAUGUUCACCAAAACUUUUUGCGCCCAAAGAUGGUCAAAAUGUGCCAGGGAUUUUGAAUAGAGACAACACAAAAAUGAGAGACGCAGAUCUAUUGGAGGGAUUUUAUAGACUUUUAAAUGAAGAUUUUGGUUUUUCUUCAUAAAAAAGUCUAUAAAAUUCCUCUGACAGACAGUUUCUGCGUCUCUCAUUUUUGUGUUGUCUCUAUUCAAAAUCCCUGGCACAUUUUGACCCUUUUUUGGGCACAAAAAAGGUUUUGAGAGCUUGAAAUUUUGGUGUACAUAUAGAAAAAAUGAAAUUCUGAAUUUUCAGAUUGAUAACAAUUGCCUUGCCUUUUGAAUCAGUGCUCCACGAAGAAUCGUAUUGUCUCAGCAGAAUUUGGAAAUCGACAAUUUUUGAAUCACUUUCAAAACAAGAAAUGGAUAUGUUAGACAGUCUCCUCAUAUCGAAAGUCGAUGAACAUUCAGAAAAAUAUUCAAGAGAACCUUGGAAAAACGCCCAAGAAAAUGCUGGAUCAUCCAAGAGACAAUGGACGAAAAGAGCUCCAACAAUAAAAACAAAACAAGGCGAUAAAGUUCCGAAAAGAACAAGACAAGAGAUUCAAUUAAUAUCAUUAUUCACUGAUAUUUGUAUGCAUUUAUUGUCUUGUUCGGAUUCUUUAACUGAUAAAGAUGAAGAAUUAUUCGGAUGGUUGAUUGGAGUCACUUGUAGUUGUAGUAAUGGAGAUGGUUUAUAUACAGAAGAAUUGAUUCUUGCUUCGAGGAAAUUGUUAUUUGAGAAAUUUGGGGAAAUUGAAGUUGGAAAAUUACAAAGAAUGCAUGUUAUGUAUUAUUUGAUGAUGGGUUCAACUAUCAAAUCAGAUUCCGAAAAUAUGUAAGAAAUUUUCACUUUUUUUUCCAUUGUUAGCUUUGUGAAAUUUUGAAUUUUCAGCUUCCUCAACGAAUAUUUCAUUGCACUUUAUAUUUUGACCCUUCGAAAAUUCUUGCAAAAUGAAGUGGCGAAUAUUGAAGAUGGUGAAGAAUUGAAUAAAUAUAUGGGAAAUUUGGAAUAUUGGAUGAAUGAGUGUUCAAAUACGGAGAAGAGAUCGUGUGCGUUCACGAAGACUUUUGUCAAACAAUUUGGAGAUUUGUUGCGGGAAGCGAGAGGGUUUAAAGGUACAGAGGGAACAGGAUUCAGGGUUUUGGAGGAAAGUGAGAAAAUGCUCGCAGCAACUAGUGAAAGUCCUUAGCUCCAGAAAAAUUUCUUUAGAAAAUGUGAGUUGGUAACUUACCGUAACUCCAACAAAAUUUUAACAAUAUUAUUCUCCAUAUCCAUCGAAAAAUAAAUUAAUUAGAAUUCAAUCAAAAUUUUCUUUAAAAAAUGUUGUGUUUUUUUGAAGUUUCAAUUUGAUUCUGUCGAAAUUCACUAUGUUUAGCGAUUUUUUAACGAAUUAUUUCACGAUUUUUUGAGCCGUAAAACCGUAAAAUAGAUUUUACGGUGAAAUCUCGUAAAAACCCACACCUCGGCCAAGCCGUGGCUGGCCAGAGUACAAUUUUUUGAAAAAUCUGAAUUUCAGUUUUUAGAGGUCAAAAACUGAAAAAUCAUCAUUUUUGUACUGUAAAAAUUUAGCGUACAAUUUUUUUAUUGUGGGAACCACGAUUUUUGCCGAGGUGUGUUUUGGAUCGAAAUUCAUUUCAUAACUUUUAGAAUGGUUUUCGAUAAUCAAAUCGUUAAAAAAACUUUUUACCUAAAGAAAACUACGCGCAACAAUUUGUAGUUUUUGGGCGAUUUGGAUAAUCGAUUAUUCCAUGCAGUUGAUUUGAUUUGUCAAAACGAGUACUGAUUUGAUUUUCCACUGACCUUGCCAUUUUUUUCACGCGUUUCACGCAUAAUUUUUAUAAUGAUUUGAAUUUUCUAAUCUUUUUUUCAAAAUAAAAAAAGGGUUUUAUUGUAUCCACGUGACACACGUGAUGAUAAAAUCUCUCAAAAAUUCUAUAUAAGCAACAGUCAGAAAGGUGUUUACUCACUUCGAAAUUUUCUUCCCUACAGUAUUCUAUCUAGUAGCUGUCUCCCCUAGCCGCUCAAGGAAAAACGUGAGUCGGAUGCUCUCUCUCUUUUUCUGAACCGCAGGAAUAUGUGAGAUCUUUGAUUCUCACAUAUUUCUGUGGUUUCGCCAGGGCUGCUCAAAUGGGUAGGCAACUCCCACUUGCCAAAAACCUGGAAGUGGGGUCUUUUUUUUGUUUUUUAAAUCCUGUUGAAUAACUAGGUCACGUUUUUUCCGGUGUGAUUUCAAUAAAUUCAAAUUUCGAAAAAUUGUACCUAGUUGUAUAGUUUGACAUCGUUUAAAUGACAUUUUCAGUGUUUUUAAGCAAGCUAGUUGAAAUAUUGGGUUUUAAUUUUAUUCAUAUGAUAGAAUGGGCUAAGACGAACAGAAUGUUAUAAAUUUUGAUGACUUUACGUUAUCAAAAAGUGACUUAGCGACGUUUAGUCGAUCGACUCGUCUUAUCGACUAAAUAUAAACUAAACCUCGCUAAAUCACUUAAGGAUAACGUGAAUUCAUCAAAAUUUAUAUCAUUCUGUUCGUCUGAGACCAUUCUAUCAUAUGAAUAAAAUUAAAAUCCAAUAUUUCAAAUCAAUUGCUUAAAAACCCUGAAAUUUUGAGCAGCCCUGGGUUUCGCCGCUUCUAAUCUCUCUCUCUCUCUCGCCCCACAGUAAUAUGUGAGGUGUUAGGAAACCUCUAGCAAAUGGCGGUUAGAGGGGAACUAUCACUUCCUUAUUACUGUGGUUCUGUUGCGGAUCUCUUCUUAUAGAUAAUCACAGGAAUAUGUGACAUAUUUCUGUGAUUAUAUUUUUGCCCGCUUCUCUCUGUUUCGCCCCACGGUAUUAUAUGAGAUGUUAGGAAACCUCUGGCACAUGCCAUCUGGAGGCGAACUUUCAUUUCGUUCUUAUUGUGGUUCUGUUUUGCUGCAGGUUUUAAAAAGUGCGCUUCGGCACUGACGCUCAUUCGAGGCACCGAGUGCGGUUUUAGUGCCAGUGCUUUUCAGCACCAGUGCGCUUCGAACACUCGGGAUAGCCGAUGUUUUUUUCUUUUUUUCUUUGCAUUUUUUCAUUUUUGUUUUGAACUGUUGGUUGUUUGGAAAAUCUCACUUUGAACAAUACGAUUUUUUUUACGGUGGAGAUUUUUUGAUUUUUUUGAGGUAAAGUAGGUGGGAAAUGGUGCUUUUUUGGUGGAAAUUGAGACGAGUAGGUUAAAAUUCUGGUUUUUUCUGUUAAAGUAGGCGAUUUUCAACCAGACUCCGAUUUUUCUUGAAAAUUUACAUAAAGUAGGCGAAUCCCGUUGUUUUUUCAGCUAGAAAUCCGAUUUUUAUGAAAAUUUACAUAAGCUAGGCGAAUUCCAUUGAUUUUUCGGUUAGAAAUCGAUAAAAUAGAUUUUACGGUGAAAUCUCGUAAAAACUCACACCUCGGCCAAAAAGCCGUGGCUGGCCAGAGUACAAUUUUUGGAAAAAUCUGAAUUUCAGUUUUUAGAGGUCAAAAAUUGAAAAAUCACAAAUUUUGUACUGUAAAAAGUUAGCGUACAAUUUUUUAUUGUGGAAACCACGAUUUUGGCCGAGGUGUGGUAAAAACCGUAAAAAUUCUGUUCAGAAACAAUAUUUUUGAAUUCUGAAUUUAUAGCGUUGUUCAGAAGCGUCGAAUACCCAAGUUGCAAACUUGGAAAAUCAUGUUUGAACGUACUAAAUCGACACUCCUGAACAUCGCUGUAAAUUCAGAAUUCAAAAAUAUUGUCUUAGAAACGAAUUACAGCCAAAAUGGCAACUUUGCCACGUCAUAACUAUAUUUUGGGCAGUAGACAUUCUGGAGUUCCAUCAAAAAUUAAUAAUUUCCCGUUUUUUUCCAGCUUCAUGUUUCCUUGACAAAACGAUUGGAAAAAUUCUUGAAAACAUUGAACAAUUACCUGGCUGGUUGGAAAAUUCGAAAUGUGCAAUCACUAGUUUCUCAGCAUUCAAAUCCAUUUUCACAGCUUAUAUUGAAAGUUCGGAUAAGUUUGUGAGUUCUUCCAGUUCUUCUAUCUUUCUGAAACAAUUAUUGUUCCAUUUUCAGAUUGAUUUUGAGCCAAAAAUUCAGAAGGCUUUAUUGAAUUCGGUUGAAAUUGUGCUUUCUGAAAGAGCAGUUGAGAAUAUAUUGAAAGAAUCGAAAUAUAAUAUUCAAUUUUCUGAAAAUCGAAAUUUGUCGUCGUUGAAUAUUAGAGAAAUGGAGAAAGAUGAAAAAGUGGAUGAGAUUAUCAGAGAUUCACUGAAAAUAUUUGGAUUGUAUGGAGGUUUCGAAGUUCAGAAGAAAGUUGUGGAGAGAAUUAGCAAGCUUAUUCCGAAUUUAUUAAAAUCGAUUUCGGAGCAAGAGGGAAUUUUGAAUGGAAAAAUUAGGAAAAGUAACGAGGUACUUGUUUUUCAGUUUUUUUUUCAGAAAAAAUAAUAUUUUUAGGAUAAAAGUUUGGCUUUCAAUGUGAUGUUUGUUACUGAAAUGAUCGAAUAUUUGAAUAGUAUUACGAAAACAAUUUUCCCCGAUAUUUCGCCAGCUGAAGAGCAUUUUGAGAAGAUUUUCAUGAUAAAUGAUGAUGAAAUUGAGAAUCGUCACAAAAAGAUGGAUAAAAUCGAGAAAUUGAAAGAGGUUCAAGAGGAAAGUGAAAGUGAGAAAAAAUGGAAAGAAUGUAGCUUCAAAACGACUGGCAACUCAUUCAUCCUCCAACAUUGGUAUAAUUGUUAUACUUGUGGAAUGACGGAUUCGAAAGGUGUUUGUAGUGUUUGUGCGGUGAAUUGUCAUCGGGGACAUUCGUUAUCUUAUAGGUUUGUUGGAUUUUCGAUUUAUUUUUGGGGUAAAAUAGUUUUUUACAACAAAGAAAACCUCCGUCAUUUUUAAAAAAUCGAUAUUCAACUCGUUUCCGAAAAUCUUCGACCAAAAAAUGAUUUUGUAGCGAAAACCUUCAAUUUCUCAGUAAAAUUACGCUCAUAGAUUUUAUUUAAUGCAAGUUAGCCUAUAUUGUGUUUUUUUUCCAGGUUAUACUCGUAAUUUUACUGAAAAAUUGAAGUUUUUAGCUACAAAAUCAUUUUUUGUUCGAAUAUUUUCGGAAAUUUUGAGAUGAAUAUCGAUUUUUUGAAAUUCACGGGGUUUUUUUGUUGACAAAAGUUACCGUAACUCAAUUUUUGCUUGCAAAUUCCGAAGUAUAUUUUUUCCAACAAAAAAAACCCCGUCAUUUUCAAAAAUUGAUAUUCAACUCAAAGUUAACCAAAAUAUUCGAUCAAGAAAUGAUUGUGUAGCUAAAAACUUCAAUUUUUCAAGUGAAAUUACAAAUGUAGCUGGAAAAAUCACAAUAUAGGCUAACUCUUAUAGAUUUUAUUUAAUGCGAGAGUUAGCCCUAAAUUUUGUUCCAGCUACAUUUCUAAUUUUAUCGAAGUUUUUAGCUAUAAGAUCAUUUUUUGUAAAUUUUGAGUUGAAUAUCGAUUUUUUGAAAUUAACGGAUUUUUUCGUUGUUGAAAAAAAAAUUACCGUAACUCGUGAAAUAAAUUUUUUUCCAGCAAAAAAGGUUCAUUCUUCUGUGAUUGUGGUGAAAACAAUUGUGCCGCUCUCGCAAAUCCACGACAUAUUCCAAAUAUUCAAAAUGUUAUUCGUGGACACGUUUCAAGCAAUAAUGUGAGUUGCAGUUUUUUUGAUUUCCAAAAGUUGCUCAAUUUCAGGAUGACUCGAAAAACACAACAUAUUCGCAAAGAAAUUCAGUUUAUAAAUUGAGAAUGGAAGAAUUUGAAGAGAGUGAAGUUGUUGGGAUGAAAAGUGUUUUGGAAAAAAUGAGCGAAGUUGUUCAAAAUUGUAAGGAGGAUAUGGAAAAAGUGAUAAAUUCGAUAAAAGAGGCAAAUGAAAAUGGAUUGAAUGUUGCGAAAAAACGAGAAAGUAUUCUGAAAAGCAUCGAAAAUGUGCAUAAAGUUGAAGUAACAUCGGAUGAAUCAUUUUUGGAAGAAUUGGAUUGGAUUGAUGAAAGAUCGUGUUUUUUGCCGGCGAGAAAUCGAGAAACUGAACCUGGAAGAGCUGGUUUUCCGAAUUGGUCGAAUAAAAUGAGAGAUUUGGCGAAUGUUAUGAAAUUGGAGAAUGGAAAAGAGGUUUGGUUGGUGAUUCCCGAAAGUACACAAGCGACUUUGCAUUUAUUCCACAUGGAUACACGAUUUGAUUUGAAGACUGGAUUUUCGAAUGUUGUGAGUUUUCCUUGAUUCAAAAACUCUAGGAAAUUCGCUAGAUGAACCGGCUCAAAAAUUGAUGAUUUUUUUUAGAAACCAAAAAAAUGCAAAAAAAUUUUCUGAGCCGAGUUAGAGGGCUCCAAAAUUCGGAAAAUCUACAGAUUUGACCCCGAAUCUAGUGGCUCUCGAUUUGGAGAAAAAUCUGUAGAUUUUCCAAAAAUUAUCAGUUUUUGAGCCGGUCUUUGAAGCCAAUCACAAGUUUUCCCAGCGAAUUUUCAGCUUGUUUAACCUGGCUCGCCUCUUAAAAUGACAUGUUUCCUUUUCAGCGACAAGAAACUGAGCAACUUCCAUUCGUCGGCCGAUCUUUGAGCAUUUCUGGCAAUCGUGUCGCUGUUUGGGGAAUCGCUGAUGUUUUUUGCAUGCGUUUCUCACCAAGUGGAGAUGUUAUUGAUCGAGCACAUAUCAGAUUAACAGAAAUGGCGAAUAUUUCGAAUAACUAUAAUAAUCCGGUUGUUAAGGUGAGUUUGUUUUUUUUUAGAAAAUAGAACCUUAACAACAAUGAUUCUUAAGGUUCUAUUUUAUUAGGGCUGAUUCACGAACGAAAAAAAUGUUUUUUUAACAUUCAAAGAAUUCACGAAAAGUCAAAAAAUGUCGAAAAAACAUUGUAGGUCAAAAUUAGUUUUUCGAAUUUUUCAGCCAAAAAUGAUGAGAUUUUUGAAGCUUCUGAGGUGAUUUCUGAUGAAAAUAAGCUUUGAGAACCCUAUUUUACCUCAUUCUAUUAAUUUUUUCGAAAUUUACAAAAAAUUUUAUUUUACGAAAAAUCCGCAUAAAUUUCUGAAAAGUGAAUUGCAAGGGUAAUUUUCAUUAGAAAUCACUUCAGAAAGCUUCAAAAACCUGAAUUUGCACAGGCAAAUUCAGAUGGAUGCAUAAUUGAUCCAUUAUUGAUACUACGAAAAAAGGAGUAACUUCCAAAUGACGAUUUAUUAUUUUUAUCCAUAAAAAUGAGCUAGAAUAGAAAAUCGUGAAUUCGAAGUAACUUCCAAAUGACGAUUUAUUAUUUUUAUCCAUAAAAAUGAGCUAGAAUAGAAAAUCGUGAAUUCGAAGUAACUUCCAAAUGACGAUUUAUUAUUUUUAUCCAUAAAAAUGAGCUAGAAUAGAAAAUCGUGAAUUCGAAGUAACUUCCAAAUGACGAUUUAUUAUUUUUAUCCAUAAAAAUGAGCUAGAAUAGAAAAUCGUGAAUUCGAAGUAACUUCCAAAUGACGAUUUAUUAUUUUUAUCCAUAAAAAUGAGCUAGAAUAGAAAAUCGUGAAUUCGAAGUAACUUCCAAAUGACGAUUUAUUAUUUUUAUCCAUAAAAAUGAGCUAGAAUAGAAAAUCGUGAAUUCGAAGUAACUUCCAAAUGACGAUUUAUUAUUUUUAUCCAUAAAAAUGAGCUAGAAUAGAAAAUCGUGAAUUCGAAGUAACUUCCAAAUGACGAUUUAUUAUUUUUAUCCAUAAAAAUGAGCUAGAAUUGAAAAUCGUGAAUUCGAAGUAACUUCCAAAUGACGAUUUAUUAUUUUUAUCCAUAAAAAUGAGCUAGAAUUGAAAAUCGUGAAUUCGAAGUUACUUCCAAAUGACGAUUUAUUAUUUUUAUCCAUAAAAAUGAGCUAGAAUAGAAAAUCGUGAAUUCGAAGUAACUUCCAAAUGACGAUUUAUUAUUUUUAUCCAUAAAAAUGAGCUAGAAUUGAAAAUCGUGAAUUCGAAGUAACUUCCAAAUGACGAUUUAUUAUUUUUAUCCAUAAAAAUGAGCUAGAAUUGAAAAUCGUGAAUUCGAAGUAACUUCCAAAUGACGAUUUAUUAUUUUUAUCCAUAAAAAUGAGCUAGAAUUGAAAAUCGUGAAUUCGAAGUUACUUCCAAAUGACGAUUUAUUAUUUUUAUCCAUAAAAAUGAGCUAGAAUUGAAAAUCGUGAAUUCGAAGUAACUUCCAAAUGACGAUUUAUUAUUUUUAUCCAUAAAAAUGAGCUAGAAUUGAAAAUCGUGAAUUCGAAGUUACUUCCAAAUGACGAUUUAUUAUUUUUAUCCAUAAAAAUGAGCUAGAAUUGAAAAUCGUGAAUUCGAAGUAACUUCCAAAUGACGAUUUAUUAUUUUUAUCCAUAAAAAUGAGCUAGAAUUGAAAAUCGUGAAUUCGAAGUUACUUCCAAAUGACGAUUUAUUAUUUUUAUCCAUAAAAAUGAGCUAGAAUUGAAAAUCGUGAAUUCGAAGUUACUUCCAAAUGACGAUUUAUUAUUUUUAUCCAUAAAAAUGAGCUAGAAUAGAAAAUCGUGAAUUCGAAGUAACUUCCAAAUGACGAUUUAUUAUUUUUAUCCAUAAAAAUGAGCUAGAAUUGAAAAUCGUGAAUUCGAAGUUACUUCCAAAUGACGAUUUAUUAUUUUUAUCCAUAAAAAUGAGCUAGAAUUGAAAAUCGCGAAUUCGAAGUUACUUCCAAAUGACGAUUUAUUAUUUUUAUCCAUAAAAAUGAGCUAGAAUUGAAAAUCGUGAAUUCGAAGUUACUUCCAAAUGACGAUUUAUUAUUUUUAUCCAUAAAAAUGAGCUAGAAUUGAAAAUCGUGAAUUCGAAGUUACUUCCAAAUGACGAUUUAUUAUUUUUAUCCAUAAAAAUGAGCUAGAAUUGAAAAUCGUGAAUUCGAAGUUACUUCCAAAUGACGAUUUAUUAUUUUUAUCCAUAAAAAUGAGCUAGAAUUGAAAAUCGUGAAUUCGAAGUAACUUCCAAAUGACGAUUUAUUAUUUUUAUCCAUAAAAAUGAGCUAGAAUAGAAAAUCGUGAAUUCGAAGUAACUUCCAAAUGACGAUUUAUUAUUUUUAUCCAUAAAAAUGAGCUAGAAUAGAAAAUCGUGAAUUCGAAGUAACUUCCAAAUGACGAUUUAUUAUUUUUAUCCAUAAAAAUGAGCUAGAAUAGAAAAUCGUGAAUUCGAAGUAACUUCCAAAUGACGAUUUAUUAUUUUUAUCCAUAAAAAUGAGCUAGAAUUGAAAAUCGUGAAUUCGAAGUUACUUCCAAAUGACGAUUUAUUAUUUUUAUCCAUAAAAAUUGAGCUAUGGAUGAUGGAUCCAUAAUGUAUCUUUGUGAAUUUGCCUGUGUUGUCAUCAUUUUUGGCUGAAAAGCUCGACAAACCAUUUUUGUGUACAAUUUUUUUUCGACAUUUUUUGACUUUUCGUGAAUUGAUCUUUGUAAAAAAACAAUUUUCAACAUUUUUCUCGUUCGUGAAACAGCCCUAUUAUUUUCCCAAUCAAUAAAAUCUAGUUUCUUAUUAUUUCUAGGCAAUUUGGUGUAAAGAAACAGAUCGACAAAUUCUGGUAGUCGGCACAAUUCAAUAUGUUCGAGUUUAUGAUCUGACUUUGGACCUGGAAAAAUGUAUUGAAGAAAUGGUUUUGCCGACGGGAAAUGUUGAGGAUAUUGCAAUGAUAACAUUGCCAGAAAAACGGGGAAUAAAAUUGUUGGUAUUGGGUUCGACUGGAUAUUUAUAUUCAAAUGAUAUCACCUCAACAAUCGCUGAUAAUAACUCGAUUUUCCUGACGAAUUGUUUGAAUACACCGAUUAUUUCACAAUCGGGAGCUGGAAAUGGAUUGUAAGUUAAUUUUGUCUGAAAAUUACAGAAAAAUUCUUGUUUUUUAGUUCUCUCCAUUAUUCACCGACAUUUGAGCUCCUUUUUGUUUCAUUCGAAAAAGGCACAUUUUUCACGAGGAUUUCGACCGAAGAAGAACAAACUUUGAAUUGGAAACGACUCAAUUUGAAUACGCCGGUUGUUUGUUGGAAAGAAGCGGCUGGAAUCAUAUCGUGUCUCUCAAAUACACAAACUUCUACUUUAUAUCAUAUUCGUGUGGGUUUCAGUGAGGUAUCGGUGCAAAAAGUUGUGUCGAAACGCAUGAUUAUGUCGCAAUUUUUGGCGGUUUCUUCGAAAAAUGAUGGAAUCUUCUCGUUUGUUUUGCACAAUGAUCAACCGACGAUUCAGGUUUUUAAAACGUGAGUUUUUUGAAAAAAAAAAUUGGUACAUUUUUUGACCCAGAAUUAGGCCGAAAUGCUGCGAUUAGUCAAAUUUUGGGAGAUUUCUGACCAAAAAUUGGUUUUUUUUCAGUUGCUGGGAACACGUGUCAGAUUUAUGGAUUGAAGAUAUUCCAACUGAACAAGUCCUCUUUCAAAUUGCAUCAAAAUCGAAACCAAUGGAAAUUACGCCAAAAGAGGAUUUGGUUCUGGUAAAUUUAUUUUUAAUUUUUCCCACCAUUUUUCCCCAUAUCCUCUCAAUUUUCCAGCUCAACGAAGGUUGUGAAGUUAUCGAAAAUGUUGAAUGGACAAGUGAAGAUUUGUCCAGAAUCUACGAGAGUUCAGAUCUGAAAUUGAGAUUAUCAAUCGAUACAACUUGUCCGCUUCGAUCGAUGCAAUUGGCGAGUUUCAGAUUAUCGGGAAAAAUUGGAAAUUCGAGAAUGAUUGUGAGAGGAUUGCGACUUGAUGUUGGACCAACUGGACCGGCUGCGGUUAUUGUGAACGGGAAUCGAUUUGAUACGUCGGUUGAUAUUCAGAGAACUGUUGAUUUGAGAUUUACGAGAGAGCAGUCACUUCAAAUGUUGGUUUUUUUGGGGGUGAAAAUUUGACCGGAAAUUUUGAAUUUCACAAACAGAAAAUCAGGAAAUUCUGAAAAAUAGAGGAAGAAAUUUCCUUAAAAAAACGGAAAAUGAGAAUUUCCGAUGCUUUUUGAGUCCAGAAAUAGAAAAUGUUCAAUAUUCAUUCGGAAAAUGCAGAAUUUUUUCCAAAAACCUUAAUUUUUGUUAGACUCUGAGAAAUUUCCUCAAAAAAUGUGAGAAUUUCUGAUGUUUUUUGAGUCCAGAAAUUGAAAAUCCGAAAAAUACAGAUUUUCCUAGAAAUCUUCAAUGGUCGAAUUUCCACGCCACAGAUAAAUUUAUUCUAGUUUUUGAGCUCAAAUAUUGAUUUUCAUCGAUUUCUACUCAAAUUCUGACUCGAAAAUUUCGAUUUUUCAAAAACAUCUACUGACAGAAAAUCAUGAAUUCUUGAAAAUGUAGAAUUUGUUCUUCUAGAAAUUUUCUCAUUUAAAAAAUUCAAUUUAAAAUAAUCGUUGCUCAUUUUAGGGAUCAUCGAGAAAUUGAGAUAAUUUGCGAGGCAAAACGCGGUGAUAAAAUCACAAUUCACUCAUUGAAAUUGUUUGGAUGCGAUCGAGAUUUGAUGGAAGAAAUCAAACCGAUUUAUAAAAAUCAGCCAGUUUAUACAUUGCCAAAUCGAUUUGUUGGUGCAACAUUUGAAAUGUUGUUUAAUCUAUUACCGGUGUCCAAAAAAGAGAAUGAUCAAUGGUUGAAUAAAUUGAGCGAAAAGCAUUUGUCUCGAAAAAUAAGUCAUCCAAAUGUUUGCCUGAUUGCAACGCGAUUAUUGAGAAAAUUGAAUAAAUUGGAAAUGUUUGAGAUAAUAGAUGCAAGUUAUAUUGAAGAAUGGAAGAGUUUGAAAGAAUGGAAAUUGGAAGAUGGAAUGAUUGAGAUUAGAAGGAAAUAUGUUGAUCAAUUGAUUAGAAGAUUGGAAACUGUUAGCACAAGAUGGACGGUUUUUGAAAAACUUUUGAGAAAAGGUAAGGGGGGCAAUGGGAGGUUUUUGGUCAAUUUCUGACCAAUUUUUGUACAAAAUUUGGCCAAAACAGUACAAAAAUAGGCAUGAUAUUUUGAAAAAAUAAUUUUUUUCCCGAAAAAAAUUCUGGGAUAAAAUACGUUUCACAAAUAUUGUAAAUUAAAAAUGAGAUUUCGAAAAUCGAUUCUUCUGUUCCCAUAUCAUUUCUCUGAAAAAAUUCUGGAUUUUAGUGAAAAUAGUUUUCGAAUAAAAUUUCGAAAUUUCUAAAAACUUUUUUUUAAACUUUAACUUUUUGGUUGCAAAAAAGAAAAAAUGGCGUUUUCUUGAAAAAAAAUCCAGGAUAAAUUACGUUUCAUUAAUAUUGUGAAAUGAAAAUGAGAUUUCAAAAAUGGUUUCUUCUCUUUGAGUGUCUUUCAAAAUUUUGCGAUUUUUUUUAAUUCUGGAUUUUAGUGAAAAUUAGUUUUUGAAUGAAGUUUCGAAUUUUUUUAGAACUUCUAAAAAAUGUUAACUUUUUGGUUCCAAAAGAGAAAAAAAAAUGGUUUUUUCUUGAAAAAUAUAUCUGGGAUAAAUUACGUUUCAUAAAUAUUGUAAAUUAAAAAUGAGAUUUCAAAAAUCGAUUCUUCCACUUCAAGUGUCAAAUAAAUAUGAUUUAAUAUUUAUUAGAAUGAUAAAAUAUCGCUGCAAUUUUUUUUUUAAAUCGCUGCAAUUUUCACAAAAUUUCUCUUAAAAAUUUAAGCCAAAUUUUUCAAAAAUGCCUACUUUUUUCAGAGUGAAAUUUUUCAGUUCCAGAUUCCUUUUUUCAAAAUUUUAAAAAACUAAUUUUUCAGCUUUCCCAAAUAUCAUCGAUUUCCUAUCAUUGUUACGCGAUGAAAUGGUUCUUAUGCCACUUUCAACAUGUCAAUAUAUGGCUCAAGGAAUGUUCAGCAUCAUUUUCGGAUUCCUCGCUGAAUAUGCUCCAGAAUCAGAAGCCAUCACCAAGUUUUUCCUGGAUUUGUACACUGAUUCAAAGGUAUUCAAAAAUGUUUCUAGAUUAACAAAAUAGGAAUUUUUGCAGACUUGUCAUUUAACCAGCGAUAUGCGAUCUGCUGUUCAAAUUGCAAUGUAUAAUUAUGGAAUGACUGGAAGAGAGGAUCGCAAUUCGGCGAGGCGAAUGAUUGAAGAGGAGAAUCAGAAUUUGUAUUGGAAGAUGAAGGUUUUUGGAAGUGCGCCCUUUUAUGGGCAAUGCAAGAUUCAUUUGUAAGAUUUUUGGGGGAAAUUAAAAUUGGAAACCAGAAUUUGGGCUAACUUUAUUUCAAAAUUUAAAAGGGCCCAGAUUUGACCAAAAAUCUGUUACAAUAUGAGGAAAUAGCUAAUUUUUAUGAGCCCAGAAAAUUCAGGGCGCCUGAAAAUCUCAUAUUGCCUUUAAUUCUCAAAUUUCAGAAAUGCUGAAAAAUUGGAAGAUAUAAGAUGGUUAUGUGGAAGUGUUGACGCUUCAAAACAUCUCGAAAAACCCGCCCAUGACAAAGAAUUCGAAUGGCUCGAUGCCUUGGUCAAAGCGACAAUCGAUAAAUUAUUCCAAGAAGGUUCAAUCAACUCAAUGCCCAAUAAUUUGCAAGCAAUGACUGAUUCACCAUCUUAUGGUCUAACAAUGAUUGCCAUUUCAUUUUUCGGACAAUAUUAUACAAAUCGUGUACGAGUGCAACUCGAUUAUUUGAUUGGUUUGAUGAAAUUUGAGAAGACGGAAAUUUUGCCGAUGAAUGAGAAGAAUUUCAAAAAUUUUGCAAUGUUUCGAUUAAUGGAAUAUUUGUUGGGCAGAUAUGCGACUAGUGACAAUGGAAAAAAGGAAGCGGUUGAGGAAAUUGGAAUUGAUGAGAAGAAAAAGAGAACGGUUGUAUUGUUACAAGAAACAACGAAACAAUUGUUGGAUUUGGGAAUUAUUGAGAUGUGUUAUGAGAUUAUUGAUGAAGUUGUGCCGUAUUGGAAAAGUUUGUGUUUCUAUUCAGAAAUAUUUUAAAUUUUUUUAAAAUUAAAUUGGGCGGAACAAAAAUUGUUCUUCAUCAAUUUUUGGUGGCAUUAGGAUGCAUUUAAUUUUCAAAAUUUGAGGAAAGUUUUAAAAAAGUCUUGAAAAUCUUGGGCUGAAUUCAGAUAUUUCUCAAUAACAGAAAAUCUCCCAAAAAAAAUAAACAUGGGUCCAAAUUCUCAGAAUUUUUUAAAAUAAAAUAUUCUGAGAAUUCGGACCGGGAGGUUUUCAGAAAUCUUCAUUGUUCUGAAAUUAAUUUGUGUUCCAAAGACUUUUCAGAAUUUUUUCCAACCCUCUCUUUUUGCAGAAAUAAUGGCGAAUCCCGAAAGCCCAACACCAAAUUCACUAAUUCCCGUCGAUUUGCCACACACGAAAAAAGUCUGGCUUCCCCAUGUUCCACUCGUCGCUUCUUCUGCCAAUCUUCCGAACUCAAACCCAAAUUCUGAAAACAAUAUCAAAACAGCUGAAGAUGUCUAUAUCACAAGUGUGACUGAAGUAUGCCUUCGAAUUCCGGCUCUUCUCCAAAAGAACUACACAAUUCAAUUUGAUGAGAAAUGGUUCCGUCGAUUGUGUGAGCUGGUUUGUUUGCAAGAAUCGCCGGUUUAUCGAAAUUCGAAGAAAAUGUUGGUGGCGAUUUGUGGAGGAGAGAAAUUGAAAUAUCGUGCACUUCGAGACAAAUUCAGACUUCAAGAAUAUUUGGAUAUUUUGAGAAAGAAAUAUUCGUCGGCGAAAAAUAAUUGCGAAGGACAUCAACAAUUAACGGAAAUUGUUGAUAUUUUGAAAUUAUUAACAUCUUUAGCAACAACAAGAAAAGAAAUGUGGAAAGAAAUGUGCGAAAAACACAUUUUAUGGUUGCUGAAAUUGGCCUGCACUGCAACUGAUGUUAUAUCUCUUCUAGUCUUGGAUUUGAUUAUAAUUGGUGUGCGAGAUUCGAGUGCUGGUGGAAAUAGUAGUAUACAAUUAGCUGAUUGUAUAAUUGAAGCGGAAAAUGGGAUACUUUUGAAUACAAUUGUUAAUCGAUUUUUGUUCGGAAGAGAGGAAAAUCAAAGAUGGAUUGUUCAUGGAUUACUUCGAUCGAUUAUUCAAUUAGCAAGUCGACAAAAUCAGGUUGGAUUCAUUCGGAGAUUAUAUUCGGAAAUUUAUCCGAAAGCUAAAUCGCAUGGAUGUCACGCUGCACAAAUCACUGAUUUACUUUCGACAUAUGCGCCGAGAGUAUUCAACACAUCGGAAUUGUUACAAAUGUGUCAUUCGGAAAUCAGGUCGAUUGAAGAAACGGCGAAACGAUUUGAUAGCGAAGGAAUCAGUGGAUUGUAUAAACAAAUGAUGGAACUUGGAAUUGGAUGGCAAGCGAUUCUAUUCUCUCAAACACCGUGUCUGAUUUGUUUUAAUCGAAAAGGUGGAAAUGAGCUGAUGAAAAUAACGACGAUUAAAAGAGAUUCGAGAUAUUCGACGAAUGCGAUGAUUUAUAAAUUGAAUACGAAUUAUGAGAUUUCGAAAAUUAUCCUGAAAUUGGGAGAAGUGAAAAAGACGAAAACCAUCAAACGAGUCACUGUUUAUUAUUGCCCCAAAGCUGUUGAAUCAGUUGUUGAACUCAAAUUGAAUCCAACUGAUUGGCGAAAAUGUGCGCAUGCAACUGUUUCACCGAAUGAUACACAAAUCAAUUUAUCAUUAGCUGUUCCAGUCAUAACAUCUUCCCUAAUUGUUGAAUAUUCGGAAUUGCACGAAAAUCAGCAGAAUAAUCAAGUGCAAUGCCCGCGUUGCUCGAUAAUUGUUCGAUCACAUUCAGGAGUCUGCGAAAAUUGCGGUGAAAAUGCGUAUCAAUGUAUCAAAUGCCGUGCAAUCAAUUAUGUCGAAAAAGAGCCAUUCUUAUGUCAAACUUGUGGAUAUUGUAAAUAUGCGCGGAUUGAUGUUUUGGUAAAUGCCAGAAAAUUACCUGGAACACAGCAUAUCACAUGCGAUUCGGAACGAGCGCAGUGCAUUGAGGAAAUGUCCAAAUUAUUGAUUCGACAGGAAACGAGAAGAAGUGAAUUCUCAGCUCUUCGCGCGUAUUGUGACUCGUUGUAUUUCACCGCUCGACCAUUGGCGCCAUUCAUUGUGUACGCGGAAAAUAAUCAGAUUCGAGAUAGUUUUCGAACUUCGUUGCAAAUCGAAACACCCUAUACAGCCUAUCAUGCAUCGGUGAAUAUGUUGCAGAAAACGGCGAAUAUGUUGAAUCUUUGGCACGAUGAAAUGUGUCAGGAUACGGAACAAUUGAUGAGUUUGCGAGAGGAAUUGACGAGAUAUGAUGAGUCGAAUGAUACGCCAAUUAUAUUUUAUAAACCGAAGAAAUAUGAUUUAUCGCCGAGGUAUUUUUGUUUUAAUGGGCCUAUAGAUUUGCAGAUUUUGAAAAAUAUACAAAAGAUUAGAGACAACGUGAAAUUGAAAGAGCACAGACUUAAAGUUCAGGUUUUCAUUUCAAAAUGCAUGGGGCCAUAAUUUUUAAAAUACCAACUUAUUUUUUUUUCUAUUUCAGCAAUAAUUGUUUCGGUUGCUUGUGCUCUCGAAUUUUCCACUCAAUCGCUUUGAUUCAUGCAACUUGUGAAGAUGAAGAAGCCAAAAAACAAUUGGUUAAAAUGACAUCGCUCUAUCAAAUUAUUGGAAGUUUAUCGAUGAAAUUUGAGCCGCUUCGAGAAGAAUGUGAAUCGCUUUUUGUUCGAUUUAUAAUUGAUAAUCCGGAAGCAACGAAAACGUGGGUUUUUUUGAAGAAGAAGAAGAAAAAAAUAACUUUGGAAUAUUGUUUCUGACAUUGAAAACCGGAAAAUUUGAAGAAAAUUGGGGAUUAAUUUUUUGAUCUACCAUUUUAUUUUUGUAGCUUAUUUUUUUUUGAAAAAUAUUAAAAUUUUAAGCGAAAAAAAUCGCUUAAAGCAUGAAAACAUUUUUUUGUGAUACCCCCUAUGAAAAAUCAAUAUUUUCCAGCCAAAUAUUGUGAAAUUUGAGCUGGAAAUCAUGGAAAAUCUGGAAUUUUGAGCCUAGAUCCAGUAAACUAUAUUUUGACUAGAAAAUCUUGAAACUAAUGAACGAGGUCCAACGAAAACAAAAUGUAGGAAAUUUUCUAAUUCUUUUUUUUGAAACGUAAAAAUUUCUGGAUUUUUUUUUUGGAGAAAAAUUUCAAAAAAACUCACAUCCUGACACCGAUUCGGAGGCCCAAACUAACUUUUUGGGAAAUAUGAGCAUCAUAAAAUUUGUAUACCAAAAAUUACUGAAGAAAAAUUUGGGCGUACCAAGAAUUGAACCUAGAUUAAUAGAAAUUUAAAAUUAUUCAAUUUAAUUUUCUGAAAAAUUUUAAACCCCAAUUUUUCCAGAAUGGAAGAAAUGAUAAAUCGCGGAAAUGCCGAUAUCCACGUUUUCAUUCGAUCUCUGAUGACUGUAACCGAUUCCACGUGGCAAAUGAAACUGAAAUAUUUGAUUAGAUAUUCGAUGAAUAAAAAUGAUGAAAAUGUUCAUCUUCAAACCCUAAUGAUUCUGAACAAAUAUUUGGAAAUGUCACUUCCGGUCAGAAGUACGGUUUAUCGAAAAUUGGCGAAACGUCGAAACGAAUCAUAUACACAUCAUAAUAAAAAGCAACCAUCUGAUACAUCGAAUCGUGUUGUGGCUCACAAUUAUUUGGUGCCACAACGAGAUGCUGUGACUCGUUGGUUGACGACCGAAGAUGAAUGGGAUACGUGUUGUUUGAAUGUGCCGAGUACAAGUUCGGAAAAAGUGGAUGAGGCGAAAUUUGAUACGGUAUGUGGUUUCCGAGCGGCUAAGCCGCAAGUGUAAACCGCUAGCUUUCGCUUUAGCGGCCACGCGGAUUACUAUGAUAUGGCAAACGUCAUAGUAAUCUACAUGGCCGCUAAAGCGGAAGACAGUGCCGCUGACGCGGAAGUUAGCGGUUUACACUCGCUUCGCUUGAAAAUCCGAGCGGCAAAUCCGCGAAGCAGCACUGUCUUUCAAGCAUCACUGUCUUCUGCCUUAGCGGCCACGUGGAUUACUAUGGUCCGAUUCAAAAUUUGCUUUCUAGAACCAAUACAAAUGGAUAUGCGAAUGUCUCUUCUCCGAAUGGUCAACAGUCCGUGCAGCUGCAAAUCGACUUCUCGUAAAUCUCUCCCAUCAACCUGGCCACGAAGGUGUCGCAAUUCUAAUAAUGUUCGAAUGGCUCGAAAAAUUACCGGAAAUCUCUAUCAACCUAUGCGAUCAAUUCAUGCAUUCAGCACAUUCAAUUGUUAGCGCAUCAUCGAAUAUCAAAACGAGAUUGUUUGUUGAGAAAUUCCAUGUUUGGUUGGUGCGAAGAAUUCAUGCACAAUGUGCUGGAAUUCAUCAAAAAGACAAUGAUGAAUUGUUGAGAGAUGUUUCGUUUGGAUUGAAAUUGAGGUGUUAUGUUGGUAAGUUUGUUUUUUUUUGUGAAAAAAAUGCACUUUGAUUUUGACCAGAAACUAUUGAAUUUUUGGCCAAAACAGGUAAAAAAAUUGUCAAAAAGUCACCAAAUUUUCACUAAAAAACUUUUUAAAGCAAAAAUGCACCAAUUUGAAUUUGGUCAAAAAUGGCCAAAUUUUCACUAACAAACUUUUUUUGGUCAGAAAUGGAUCAAAAUUUGGCCAAAUUUUCAUUAACAAACAAUUUUAUUUUUGCAGAAUUAUUGUGUUUGAUGUUUUCUGGAUCGUCAGUCGAAAAUGUGUUAUUGAAAGCGAGCGCUGAUGAUUUACUCGUUUAUCUUCUACAAUCAACAAUUUAUCUAAAACGUUUGGUAAUUCGUCGAACUCGUCCAAUCGAUUCCUCACGAACCGCUCUCGAAAAAUUACUUCGAAGAGUCUCAAACAAAGAUGGCACGAAACUAAUGAAAGCAUGUGUUGAAACAUUGAAAAUCAUGAAAGAUACAAACACAUUGGCUCAUUUAGUAUCAGUUAUGCUCGAAGUAAUGGAUCCGCAAAAAGAAGUUGACGACGAAUUUAUGAUUGAAAUCGAAAAAGAUGCGGCACAAGAAGACUUUUUGCAAGGCAGAAUGAGUGGAAAUCCAUAUAAAUCAACGGAUUCAGGAAUGGGACCAUUGAUGAGAGAUAUUAAGAAUAAAAUAUGUCGAGAUACUGAAAUGAUUGCUCUAAUGGAUGAUGAUAAUGGAAUGGAAUUAUUGGUUGCAAAUAAUAUUAUAUCAUUAAGUUUGUCUGUGAGAGAAGUUUAUGAUAAAUUGUGGAAACGGCAGAAUCCGGAGACGAAUGUGAUGAAUAUUAUAUAUAGAAUGAGAGGAUUGAUGGGAGAUGCGACCGAACCAUUUAUUUCUUCUUUUGGUGAUGUUGAUGGAGGUUGGGUUUUGUUUUUGAGCAAUUUUUUGAAAAAAGUGAAUUUUUGGUGCAAAAAAUCGCAGAUUUUCAUGAUUUCUCGCUGAAAAAAUUCACUGUUUCAGCAUUUUUCAGAGUCGAAAGUUUUUACCGAAAAUUUCUUUUUUUUUUUCAACAAAGAAAAAAUCCAGAAUUUUCUACGUUUCAAAAAAUUGAUUAGAAAGUUUCCUUGAUUUCUGGGCGAUCUGUUCCACAUUCACAAUUUUUGAGAAGUUUUGGAUGAAAGUUUUCCAGAAAAAUUUGAAUCUCUUAAUUUUUCGAUUUUUCUGAAAAUUUCAGCUGGUGAUUUUCACAGUUUUUUCGUACAAAUUUUCCAACAAAAAAAUAUUUCAAAAUUUUCCAACAAAAAAAUCCAGAAUUUUCUAGGUUUCAAAAAAUUAAUUAGAAUUUUUCCUACAUUUUGUUUUCGUUUCGUUUUCCUUCAUUAUUUUCGAGGAUUUUCUAGGCAAAAUACAGAAAAUUUCAUUGGAGGAUGUUUUUGAAUCUGCUGAAAAUUCCAGAUUUUCACAAUUUCCAGCUGAACUUCUCCGAAAUAUUGGAUUCCGAAACAUAAAAACUGAUAUUUUCAGCUAAAAAAAUCCCUAAAUUUCACGUUCUGAUUGAAUUUUCAAAUUUCGGUUCCUAAAAUUUUCCAAAAACUGGAAAAUCGUUCAACAAAAUUUUCAAUUGCAGAAUCAAUUGUGGAUGAAGAUGAAUCAUUGGCAAAAAUCACAAAAACUCUCAUCGAAUUUGGUGGAUUAAAUCGACUUCUCGAACUUCUUGCAACUAGUAAUGUCAAUUCAUCUGGCCGAUUUUUGCUUGGACAAUUACGUCGAAUUUUCGAGCGAAUAGUUCGAACAUCAACUGGAAGACAAUCAAUUGUUAAUUUAAAUACAAUUCCGAUUAUUGUCAAAGUUAUCCGGCAAUGUUAUGAAAGUGGAAUUGUGGCGAAUUAUGAUGAAUCGAAAAUGACAUUGGGUGUUGAUUAUUAUAAAGUUAUUGAAUUAAUUGUGACUGAUAUUAAUGUUCAUCCGGUUGGUUUUUAUUAUUUUUUGAGAAAAAAACAUUAAUUUCUGUUUAGAAUUUGAAAGGAAUUGGCGAAAUUGAUGCAAAAUGGCUGGUUGAAAUGUACAGACUUCGAAACGAUGAUCGAACUCGAAUUGAUCCAAUCAAUGAGACAAAUCGAAAAAGUAUCGCAAUUAUUGGAAUUGAUGGCACCAAAUCUGGCAAAUGUUUUGUUGGGAUCUGAUGAUUCGGAAAAUGUUUUGAUUGAAAGAUAUUUGAAAGUUUACGAUUGGGCUUAUAUUGAUUCGAUUGAGUGAGUUUUGAGGGGGGUUUUGGGUGGGAAUUUGAAUUUUUUAUCAAAAAACCUAUCAAAAUUUCUCCCAAAAAAUCCAGAAUUUUCUACGUUUCAAAAAAUGAAUUAGAAAAUUUCCUAAAUUUUGUUUUCGUUCAAGCAUUUGAAGAGUUCCAGAAAUCAGCUGAAAAUAGAUUUUUUUAAUUUUCAGAAUAUCUCAUUUCUUUUUUAAAAAAUAAGUACACGAUAAAUUAUUUUUCUGAAAUUUCCAGCUAAAAAUUAUCACAGUGCAGACUUUUUGUAUUUUUUCAAUUCGCACAAAUUUUAUCCGAAAAAACUUUUCAACAAAAAAAAUCCAGAAUUUUUUACGUUUCAAAAAUUUGAUUAGAAAAUUUCCUAAAUGUUGUUUUCGUUGUCCUUUUCUCCUUCUCUUUCAAGAUUUUCCAGUAAAAAUGCAAUGAAAUUUUGAAGCAAAAAAUCUAGUUUCAUGAAUCUGGGCUCAAAAUCACAGAUUCUCAUGAUUUCUAUUGCUCAAAUAUUUGAAGAGUCCCAGAAAUCAGCUGAACAACAGAUUUUUUAAAAAUUAUUUAGAAUAUCUAAUUUCAUUUGGGAAAAAUACACGAUAAAUUAUUUUUCUGAAAUUUUCAGCAGAAAAUUAUCACAGUGAAGAUUUUUUGUAUUUUUUCGAUUCGCACAAUUUUUUUCCGAAAAAAUAUUCCAAAAAUCCAGAAAUUGCUACGUUUCAAAAAAUGAAUUAGAAAAUUUCAUAAAUUUUGUUUUCGUUGGAUAGUUUCAAAAUUUUCUAAUCAAAAUAUAGUCUUGUUCCAGAUUUUCACAAUUUCCACCUGAAAUUCAUCAAUUUUUGGCUAAAAUUUCCACAUCUAGACUCAAAAUUUGGAUUUCUACCCAUUUCACUUCAAAAAUUUUGCAGAAAUGUGAGUGAAAGAGAAGAUGCAAUGUGGAUGGCUGAACAAUUAUCAAGAGCAACAUCAAGUGUAAUGAAAUCAAAAAGAGGAAAUGAUUUCAAACAAAAAAUCCUUGAUUCUGGAAUUAUUGUCAAAACCUGUAGUUUUCUGACCGAACAUCAUCCACCAUUAUAUUCAGCAACUGAAUCAUCAGAAUGGAAAACAUUUCUGAUGAAACCAUCACUUAAAUUAAUGCUGAAUCUAUUGCAUGGAUUAGCUCGAAAUCAUCAAGCAUCGCAACUUGCGAUUGCCGCCUCAACUUUGCCACUUUUACAUCGAUUAGAACAAGUGGCGUCGGAAAAUUCGAUUGGAAUUAUGGCUGAAAAUGUGAUGGAUGCGUUGAAAGAAGAUCCAGAAGUGGCGAAUAAUAUUUUGGCGGUCAGAGCUGAAACCAAACAGAAAAAACGGCAAUUGGCGAUGGCGAUGCGGAAUAAACAAUUGUCGAAAAUGGGAAUGCAAAUUGGAAAAAGUGGAGAGGUUAAAGGUACAUUUUUAAAUAUUUUUCUCGUUUUUUUCACGGAAAAAACAUUUUUUCUGUAAUUUACAUCUGAAAAUUAUCCCGAGAUUUUUUUCAAUUCGUAUGAAUUUUCUCCCAAACGACAUUCAAAUUUUAAAAUUUUUCAACAAAGAAAAAAUCCAGAAAUUUCUACGUUUCAAGAAAUUAAUUAGAAUACUUUCCUGCAUUUUGUUUUCGUUCUGCAUGGUAAUGGGUAUUGUAUAUAAAACUUCAAGAUUUUCUAGUCAAAUGAAUUUUUUGGUGGAAAAAAUCCAGAUUUUUAUGAUUUCCAGCUCAAAUUUAUCGAUUUUUCACAGAGAUUAUUGCAAAAAUAUUGAUUUAUAGAAAUUUUCUGAAAAUCCUGAAAUUUGAACACUUCAAAUUUAAAAAAAUCCGGAAAAUUUACAAUUUUCAAUUCAAUUUUUACAGUUUCAUCUCGAAAAAUAACAAAUGAACCAACACUCGAAGAAACCUCAUCAAAUGAUCCAUUUUUAUGUUGUAUUUGUCGAGAAUCGGCAAUUUCUCCAGCCAAACAAUCAGCUGUUUAUAGUUUUGCAUAUCAAACAUUUGGAACAGUUUCCUUGAUGGUUAUGGUUCAUUUAGAUUGUCAUAAUAAUGCAAUUCGACGAGGUGGAAAUGGUCGAAGUAUUGAUGAAUGGAAUAAAGCAAUGUUGCAUAAUGCGGGAGUUCGAUGCAAUAUUUUGACACCAAUUGCAUUGAUAAAUGAGGGAAAUUCGUUUGAAGCUGCGAUGAAUAAAUUGAAAUUGGAUUAUGAACAUAUUGGAAUUAAUAAUGGACCGAUUACAAGACAAUUUGUAUUUACAGAUAUGUGUAGACUUGUUAAGAAGUUUAUUCAAAAAGAGUGAGUUUUGGGAUAAAAAUUGAAGUUUUUUAAAAUUUUUUUCCAGAAAAGUAUCAAAAAACUGGACUUUUUAAAAUGUUCUUUUCAAAAAUUCUGGCGAUUUUCUGUUUCUCCACAUAUUUUCGAAAAUUUUUAACCUGAGCAAUCACAAUUGUUUUCAAUAAAAUUCAGAGAUUACUUUAAAGGGAAAUCUGGAUUUCUGGACUUAAAGGAAAAGUCUGAAAACAGACCAAAACUCAAAAAUUGAAGUUUUCAAUUUUCAGAUAAAUUCUCGAAAUGAAAAUACCUGAAAACUUAUCAUUUUCAAAUUUCUCAAUUUUUUGAAUUCAAAAAGUUUUAAAAAAAAUUGACAAUUUUCUGUUUCUCCUCAUUUUUCGAAAUUUUCUAACCUGAUUGUGAGCAAUCACAAUUUUUAAAUUAUCAAUAUUCAGAAAAAUUUGAUUUUUCCGAUAUUUAAAUUUUUCUUAAUUCAAAAAUGUAUUCUUUCAGAUCAUUCUCUACACAUUCACAAGGAGGUGGAAGAGAAUCAAAUCUGCAAUAUUUCGGAGUUUUAUAUCUUUUAGCAGUCUCUUUACCUGAAGAUCCAUCAAAUGAUCUUCAAGUUUCUGAUUCGAGAGAUCGACUCAUCACAUUCUUAUUCACCGAACCAAAAUUAGAAAAUUGGCAAGAAUCGAAACAAGAUGUUUUGCGAGCAAGUUUGAAUGAUGCGAGAAUGUCGAAUUUUGAAAUGACGUGGAAUGGAGAAGUUCGAUUGAUUUUAUUGACUUGGGCAUUUAUUGAUGCGUAUUUUACUAAAAUUGUGCCGGUUUGUUGUUGUUGUUUUUUCUUUUAGUCUUCAAUUUUCAAAAAAUUUCAGAUAACUGGCGAUGAUCGUAUUACUUGGCUACGCGAAAAUCUUCGAGAAGUUUUAACAAAAACCUCGAAAUUCGUCCAGGAUUUCGAUGAUGAUUUGAUGAAAUGUGAAAGUAUCGAAGAGUUUUGCGAUGUUGCCGGUGUUUCGAAUCAAGAAUUGGCACAAAUAAUGGAUGUAGUUCCUCUUGAGGAGAAUGUUUAG